AUGUAUUCGAGGUAUAUUCCUUCAGCGAAUGGCCAGAACACGGCCACAAGAACCGCAACUGCUCCCGCCGAGGACCUACCAGACACAAUCGAACAGACGCAAGUAGGCCAGGCAGGCUUCAGUUACGCGCGUUAUGUCCCCGGCGCAAACUCGUCCAAGCCCGCAACCGGGAAGCCUACUGUCCAGUAUUUCGAAGACGAGCCAUUAGAUACCCCCAGCUCCAAGAGAAAACGUCAAGGCGCUGAUGAUCUUCUGGAGUCUGGCCAAGCUGGUGGAGAACACUCAAAGAAACUGAAAUCUGGAGACGAGUUGAGCCAGUCUGAACCAAUGGAGACUCCGAGCAAAGAGAAGAAGAAGAAGAAGAAGUCCAAGUCGAAAUCAGUUGAUGCAUCCAGCGUUGAAGACCAGGAGCCAGAAGCAACUCAAUCACAACCUUUGGAAGAGGAGCAUACCGAGGAGCACAUCUCAAUAAAGAAAAGCAAGAAGGACAAGGAUAAGAAGAAGAAAAAGAAAGAUAGGGAUGAUGAAGAGCCAACCCAAAAUCAGACCGGAGAGGAGGACCAGGAUGUCAUAAUGGUGGAUGUGGUAGACGAUACAGUCAAGGACUCUUCAGCUACGCUGUCGCCUGAGCCAGUCAAGGAAGAAAAAGAGAAAAAGAAAGAAAAGAGGAAGAAGAAGCAAAAGGAGUCAAAGCCAGAAGACGAUACCCCCGCAGACGACGAGGAUGAUCAAAGACACAAAACAGUCUUAGACCGGAAAGCCAAGUCACUUCGGUUAGCUGGUGAGGCCCCGAAAGAGGAUACGACCGCCGCCGACACGGAACCUCAAGAGGUUCACGAGUUAGGCCCAUUGCCACAGCCUGCACCAGCACCAGUUGUUGCACCUCAAAUUCAGUACGAGACAUUGCCAUCCUGGUUGGCAUCUCCUAUCCGUGUUUCUCAAAGCACAAGAACUCCAUUCUCAGAGCUUGGAGUACUAUCGAAAGCAGCUCGAGUGCUGGAAGAGAAAGGUUACCCCGAUGCUUUUGCUGUUCAAACAGCUGCGCUGCCUCGGUUAAUACCUUCAGGAAACCACAGGCCCGGAGACCUCCUUAUAUCCGCAGCAACUGGCUCCGGUAAAACACUGGCCUACGCUCUUCCAAUUGUGCGAGAUCUUAGCGAGGGCGUCGUUACGAGGCUCAGGGCACUAGUCGUGUUGCCUACUCGAGAACUUGUAAAACAAGCCCAGGAAGUUUUUGAGCUUUGUAUCAAGGCUUACGAAGGUGGAAACCGGAAAAGAGUACGCGUCGGUGUUGCAAUUGGUAAUCAAACCAUGAAAUCCGAGCAGGAGUUCCUGAUCGAGAGGGAGAGUCGGUAUGAUCCGGUCGCGUACAAGCAAAUCCAAGAAGAGGUGUCCUUAGCCUCGGAUGCCGAUAGCUGGCUCAGCCAUGGGGCGAAUGGCGCUGAUCCACGAUUGGGGAACUGGGAGGGAGAGGUUGUAGACUUCUCGUCCAAGGUUGAUGUCCUUAUCUGCACCCCUGGUAGAUUAGUUGAACAUAUUGAGCAGAGCCCUGGGUUCACGCUUGAUUAUGUCCGCUGGCUCGUCGUCGAUGAAGCAGACAAACUUCUGGCGCAGAGCUUCCAGGGGUGGUUGGAAGUGGUGUUGGAACACUUCAAGAAGUCCAAGUGGACAGCCAGAGAGGCUCCAGAUGUCGACCUUGAUGGUGUGAGAAAGGUGAUUCUCAGUGCAACCUUGACACGAGAUCUCAGCUUGCUAAACCAGUUGGCUUUACGGAGACCUCAACUCAUUAUCCUAGAGAAUGAGGGUGAAAUGCAAAUAAGCGACCAUACACUGCCAUCGGAGCUAGAAGAAUUUGCCAUCAGGGUUCACAACGUCAACCUGAAGCCGCUCUAUCUUCUUGAUCUCCUCAAAAGUCACCAGAUGACGGGCCAAGACCCCGUAUCAGAGGAGCCGGCAGCCGUUGAUUCCGACGCAACAUCUGAUACAAGCUCCGAAGGCAGUUCGGACACGAGCUCUGAUUCAGACUCGGGUUCAGAAUCAGACACCAGCUCGUCUGGGUCCGACUCAGAAUCCGAGUCCGAGUCUGAGUCUGAGUCUGAGUCUGAAUCCGAGUCUGGGUCGGAAGUUGCAAAAGCCCCUACCAAGACCUCCACGCCCAAAUCAGCCCUUCCCACAGCCCUCAUAUUUACAAAGUCUAACGAGGCAGCUCUCCGCCUAUCUAGGCUGCUCACCCUGCUGGAUGAGUCUCUGGAGCAACAUAUCAGCACCCUAACCUCUACAACCCCAACUCACGUUCGCCGGAAAACUCUCCGGGCAUUCACGACAGCAUCCUCCCCACUGCGACUCAUCAUCGCCUCUGAUCUAGUAGCUCGAGGCAUCGAUCUUCCAAAUCUUGAUAACGUGAUCAACUAUGACCUCCCGCCCAGCGUGGCUGCUUACGUUCAUCGUGUUGGGCGAACAGCACGAGCAGGAAGGUCGGGCCGUGCGUGGACCCUUGUUGGAGAUGAGGAGAGUGGCUGGUUCUGGGGCAAGAUUGCCAAAGGUGCCAGCGUGCGCCGGCCGAAGAAGGUGGAGCGUAUCAGGAUUGAUGAGAUGGAUGAGGAGCGUGUACAUACGUAUGAAUCCGCAUUGCAGAAGCUUGGCCAGGAGGCUUUGGAUACAAGAAGGAAAUAA